UAACCCCCCACUCAUGAUUUAGAUCUUGAUCUGGCGCCUAAUAUUCGGUUUAUACUUUCUCUUGAUUGUCUUUUCCUUUUUGAACUUUGUCUAGAGACGCAAAAGCGUUUCUGAGUACCGCAAAUAUGGUGAACAUUACGGAGAAGAUCAAGGAGAUUGAGGAGGAGAUGAAGAAGACACAAAAGAACAAGGCGACUGAAUAUCAUUUGGGUCUAUUAAAAGGAAAACUCGCUCGACUAAGGGCACAGCUUCUAGAGCCUGGUCCUGGAGCUGGUGGUGGUGGUGGCUCUGGUUUUGAUGUCAGCAAAAGUGGUGAUGCGCGAAUUGCUCUUGUUGGUUUCCCAUCAGUGGGAAAGUCGACGUUCUUAUCGAAAGUCACCAAGACGCGGUCAGAAGUUGCUUCUUAUGCUUUCACAACCUUGACAGCCAUUCCCGGUGUGCUCGAGUAUGGAGGUGCUGAGAUUCAGCUGCUCGAUCUUCCUGGUAUUAUCGAGGGUGCUUCUGAAGGCAAGGGUCGAGGAAGACAAGUUAUCUCAGCCGCCAAGACGAGUGACCUUAUUCUAAUGGUUCUCGACGCUACCAAGAAAGCGGAACAAAGAGCAUUGCUUGAGGCUGAAUUGGAAGCUGUCGGUAUCCGCCUGAACCGAGAACCACCCAACAUUUACCUCAAGGUCAAGACAGCGGGUGGCAUGAAAAUCACAUUCCAGUCGCCUCCCAAGAACCUGGACGAGAAGAUGCUCUACAAUAUCCUGCGCGACUACAAGAUUCUUAAUUGUGAGGUUCUUGUUCGUGAUGAGAACGCUACAGUCGAUGACUUCAUUGAUGUUAUCAUGAAAGACCAUCGAAAGUACAUCAAGUGUCUGUACGUCUACAACAAGAUUGACAGUGUCUCGCUUGAUUUCCUGGACAAGCUAGCACGCGAGGAUCAUACCGUUGUCAUGAGUUGUGAGCUGGACCUGGGUAUUCAGGAUGUUGUGGACAGAUGUUGGAAUGAGCUCAAGCUGAUCCGUAUUUACACCAAACGCAAGGGUGCUGAACCAGACUUUAGUGAGGCGUUGAUUGUGCGCAGUAACAGCACAAUCGAGGAUGUCUGUGACCGCAUUCACAGGACUCUGAAGGACACGUUCAAGUAUGCGCUGGUAUGGGGUGCUAGCGCAAGACAUGUUCCUCAAAGAGUUGGUCUAGCACACCCUGUGGCGGAUGAAGAUGUGGUGUAUAUCGUCAGUGCUUGGAAGGCUUAGUUGCCUGUGCAAGCUUCUUAAAGCCAAAAACAAAAAAUCAGUAUCACACUCAGUUUCAUCCGUUCAAGUUCAGAACUGAAAAACAUGUUUCAUUGUUAAAAUUGUACAUAAAAAGGCCACCAGAAAAGAAAGGCAAGCCAAACCCUGUCAUCGCAUCAUAUCAAGCCAAAGUUUCCAUAACCUGUAUCACCAAUACAAUGUGUGUAUGUG